AUGGAGGACGCAACCUCUCUCAAGUAUAUUCUUCUAUAUGGAGCCAACGUACUAUUCGGACUGUUUUAUGCUGCAAACGAAACACGUUGGUCCCCGAUUCUUAUCGCGGCGCUGGUAGUUCUCCUUGGCCAAGGACUCGUAAUCCAAUUAGUGUUUCAGCCCUUCUUAUGGAACCCGCUGGGGCAUAUCCCCGUAGGCAAAGGCUUCAAGCCAAUCGUUGGACACAGCAUGAUCUUGUUCAGGGAACCAAAAGGCAGCGGACACCUGCAGCUCAUGAAACAGACGCCCAACGAUGGCCUCAUCCUCGCGCGAGGCCUUUUCCAUGGCAACAGGAUGAUUCUGACGGCGCCAGCAACGAUCGCAGACGUACUGGUGCACAAGAGCUAUGACUUUGAGAAGCCGGCCUGGGCACGAGACUUUCUGCGGAAAUUCCUGGGCGAUGGACUGCUGAUGACGGAGGGAGAUGAACACAGGCACCACCGGAAGUUGAUCAUGCCGGCGUUCCAUUUUAGACAUAUCAAGGAGUUGUAUCCGGUGUUUUGGUCCAAAUCAAUCGAGCUUUGCAAUACUAUUAGCACGAUUCUUCAAGAAGACCCGGGGAGAGUACUUGAAAUUGGCCAUUACUCUACGCAAGUCACUCUUGAUAUCAUUGGGCUUGCAGGCCUAGGGCGGGACAUUAGAUCUCUGCACAACAGCGAGGAUGAACUGAUUGCAACGUAUGAGGAGAUCCUGGAGCCGACUACAGAGAAGGGCCUGUACUUUCUUCUCCAUCUGGUCUUGCCAUCGUGGUUAAUCAGCGCACUGCCCUGGCCACUGAACAAGAGGGUCAGAAUCACGACUAGUAAUCUAAAGAGAAUCUGCACAGAAUUUGUCGAGGAGAGAAAAGCAAAUAUGAAACUGGAAGGUUCGGAAAAACAAGAUAGCCGCGACAUUCUGUCCAUCAUGAUACGCAGCAACGAUUUCUCCGACCAGAAUCUCGUGGACCAACUGUUGACCUUCUUAGCCGCUGGACACGAAACCACAUCUUCAGCACUCACAUGGGCGUCCUACCUCCUAUCCACACACCCAACCAUACAAACACGCCUACGCCAAGAAAUCCACGAAUCCAUCCCCCACCCCGAACUUCUCUCCUCAUCCAACUGCGACAUCGCCGCUCUCCUAGAAAGCAUGCCCUACCUCAACGGCGUCUGCAACGAAGUCCUCCGCCUCUUCCCCACCAUUCCCCUCACCUCGCGCGUCUCCAUUCGCGACACCACCGUCGGCGGCCACCCGAUCCCCAAAAACACAAUGUUCUUCGUCGUCCCCUGGGCCGUGAACCGCAACCCGAAGCUAUGGGGCCCAGACGCCGAGGCGUUUGUGCCCGAGCGCUGGAUCGACAAGGCAUCGGGUCGGGCGACGAUGAAUGGGGGCGCGGACAGUAAUUAUGCGUUCUUGACGUUUUUGCAUGGCCCGCGGAGUUGUAUUGGGGAGCGGUUUGCGAGGGCUGAGUUGAGGGCGUUGGUGGCGGCGUUUGUGGGUAGGUUUGAGAUGGGGAUGGCGGAUCCGGAGGAGGAGGUGGUUGUGGGCGGUACGAUUACGAGUAAGCCGAAGAAGGGGAUGAGGUUGAAGUUGAAGGCUGUGAACUGGUCAGUGUGA